CUUUCAUCCACCCCUGAGAAAGUAAGCAAGAGAGAGAGAGAGAGAAAGCGGGUCCAAGUACUUUUGCUAACUCCUUCUUUUCUUUAUUACAUUUUCUUCUCUCUCUUGUCAGCCUUUAUUCUUUCUGCUGUAUCUUGUCUUAUCCACGCCUUCUUUUUCUCUUUUGUUUUUACGCGAAGCUGACACCCAUAGUCACGGCACGACAAUAAAUUUCAAAGAUGUCUCUCUCUACAGAAACUGUUCUUUCUGGAAUCCAUUGGACACGUACCAUUGUGCUUGUAUUAGCCAUUCUUAUCGUCGCAACCUCCCUCAGCAUCUACAGCACACAUACCAUCCCCAUCUUUUCCUUGUUUUCACGCCAUGAUCAAACCAUACAAUCACCGUCAACAUCGCAACAGCAACUCUAUCACACGAACGGGUUGAUGUCAAGCAGCGUUGCUGCCACGCGUGAAACAACUGUACUCUUGGAAAUGAUUCAAGACCGGCGACUGAUAUCAACAUUGGUGGCUGCACAGGCAUCCGUGUUUUGCCCGCUUUUUCUGCUCUUGACAAGUAACAGCAAUAACAGCAAACAGCAACAAACCAACAACAACAACAACAAUAAUGACGUGGGCCACCAUCGGCGAGCUUUCGCUUUGGAUCUUAUCUGCUGCCAUGUCAUCAUGCCCUUUGGUUUGGCAUUGAGCUGGAUUUUUUGUAUCUUGUUUGACCGCAAAACCGUGUCCGCCUUAAACCAACAACAACCGGCCAGCAAUAGUGCGAUUGUGUCUUGGGGUAACUUAUUCCGGGACAUAUGUCUGCUCGACCGUUCCACACCCUUUGCAAGCGAAUGGGUCUGCUUUGGCAUUAAUGCGAUACACGGUUUAAAGUAUUUGAUCGUCUUGGUCCUGUUUCUCGAGAUCGAACUGGUCAUCGCAGCAUCACUGUUGACGCGUUAUCAGCGACGGCCGAUCCAGCUGGAAAAUAACAAGGCCGACGAUGAAUGGAAUGCUGCUGGCACUGCUCCUGCUGCCUCAUUUAUGGAUGACCAGCAACGGAAGGCCCUUCUGCGUAGCGCUCAAAACCAACAUUAGCACAAGUGUAAUAUGCUUUUCUAUCCCCAUUUUUAUACAUCUUUUUAGUUACCUCACCUAUCACGUUUCGCUCUUAAUAAUGCUAAAUAUUUAAUACACGAUGGAGGUUAUAUAGAAGAAGUUAUACUACAGCAAUA